GGUGAAUCAGGCACAAGAGAUGGGAAUACAGCUCUGCAGCAUAAAAGCUGGAACCUGAAGCGCAAGUUGAACUUCGUCAGCACCAACGUGCGUGGUAUCCCUUGUUGGACAACAACCCUUGUUCUUUCAAAAAACAUUUGCAGGGACAUCACAUCUGAUCUCUCCCUUUGGAAUCAAUCCCACCCUCCUCAUCAAUAGAAUUGACCAUGAAGUUGUCUCUAGCGGUUUCCGCCUUGCUUUUGGCCAGUGCAUCGGCAUUUGUGCCUGUAAAUACAAAAUCUUCCCAUGUUCUUCCGUUGGAGGCCAAGAAAAUGAUCUCGGGUAGCAAGGGAGAUGGAGAAGGGUGGAUUGAUCCAUCGGCCCCAGUCAAUUCGGAGGCGGCUUCGAAAAAGACCCUUGAAAAGAGUUUGGAGGGCGCCGAGUUCAAAAAGCGUCUUUCCUUGCUGGGGUCCACUGGCAGCAUUGGUACUCAAACCUUGGACAUUGUGGAUGCCUGCCCGGACAAUUUCGUUGUAGACGCCCUUUCAGCUGGAAAUAAUGCCAAAUUGAUGGCUGAACAAGUCCUCAAGUACAAGCCUAAGGUUGCAUCAUUGUCUACACCAGAAGCUGCUGCUGAACUGAAGACUCUCCUGAAGGCUGCUGGCUGUGCCGAUAUGCCCGAAAUUGUCCACGGUGAAGAAGGUAUUCUAGCUGCCGCCACAGUUGCAUCUGCCGACACCGUGGUCACGGGAAUUGUAGGGGCUGCCGGACUAAAGCCAACAAUUGAAGCUAUCAAGCUCGGGAAAGAUAUUGCUCUGGCCAACAAGGAGACGUUGAUCAGUGGGGGGGCUGUGAUUAAUCCUCUCGUGGAAAAACAUGGUAUCAAUAUGCUCCCAGCUGAUAGUGAACACAGUGCCAUUUUUCAGUGUCUGCAGGGCGUCCCCGAGGGUGGCCUCAGACGAGUCAUCUUGACCGCGUCAGGUGGCGCCUUCCGGGAUUUGACCAAAGACGAGCUGUUCAAAAUGUGUGAGGAAGAUCCAAGAGCAGUGCAGGCAAAGGCCACCACACAUCCAAACUGGGAUAUGGGUGCCAAAAUUACUUUAGAUAGCGCCACAAUGAUGAACAAGGGGUUGGAAGUGAUUGAAGCACACUACUUGUUUGGUGCCAGUUAUGAUGACAUUGAUAUUGUGAUCCAUCCUCAAUCGAUUGUGCAUUCCAUGGUGGAAACGCAAGAUACUUCUUGCAUUGCUCAACUUGGAUGGGCCGAUAUGAGACUGCCAAUUGUCUACUCUGUUUCGUGGCCUCACAGGCUGAAGAUGCCUUACAGACCAUUGGAUUUGGCCGAAUUGUCUACAUUGACUUUCAAGGCCCCUGAUCAUGAGAAAUAUCCUUGCAUCCGACUGGCCUAUGACGCUGGACGUACCGGUGGAACCAUGACUGCCGUCCUCAACGCUGCAAACGAAGCUGCCAAUGAAAUGUUCCGAGAGGAUAUUGGCCUUGGUUUCUUGGAUAUUCCCAAACUCAUUGAGAGCGCCAUGGAAGCGCACAAGGAUGACUUGAAGGUCAAGGACGUGACACUUGAUGACAUUUUGAGUUGUGAUGAAUGGGCUCGAAAACACGUUGUAGAAAAGAGCAAGACCAUGAUGAAUGAUCCCAUCAUCAUGACAUGAAACGCAAAGACAGACGAAGCUAACGGUGACAAUGGAGGCACAUAAACUACAACUGAACCAAAACGAUUGCAUAACUGUACGGUACCUACACGCAGCCAUGUCUUCGCAGUUCCUUCGCGUUUCUUUUCGUCAAGUUUGAACGUUGCAACCGUUGUCGUGCACUAGCUAGAGC